AGCCCUGCUGGCCCUGCUUUGGGCCGUGACCAUGGCCUCGUCCGAUUUGGACAUGUCUAUAGAUGAGGAGCGGAACCAGCUGCUGAUGAGGGAGAAGAUGAUGCAGCUUGGGGGGCAUCUGGUGCUGAAGGAGGAUGAAGAGCUGGCCAAUACGAAGCUGAUGGCCCUCAAAAAGGCAGAGCUGAUGCAGGCCAUGGAGACCCAGAAUUUCCCACCCAGCAUGCACUUUUUCCAGGCCAAGAGUCUCAUUGAGAAAAGUGAGGUGUUUAAAAUCCUAAAGAAGAUGCCAAAAGGGGCUGCCUUACACCUCCAUGACUUCGGCAUCCUGAGUAUGGACUGGCUGGUGAAAAAUGCCACGUACAGGCCCCACUGCCACUUCUGCUUCACCCCACGGGGGGCCCUGCAGUUCAAAUUCGCCCACCCGACUCCUCCCACCCCUGCGCCAGCAGAGUGUUCGGAGUGGAUUCUGCUGGAGAAGUAUCGGAAAGGGCUGCAGAAUGUCACUGAAUUCGAUAACAGCCUGCUGAGAAACUUUACUCUGGUGACGGAAAACCCUGACGUGGCUUACGCAGACCAGAAUGUGAUCUGGUCGAAGUUUGAGGCCAUCUUUUUCACCAUCUCUGGGCUCGUCCACUACGCACCCGUGUUCAGAGACUACGUCUUCCGGAGCCUGGAGGAGUUCUAUGAGGACAAUGUGCAGUACGUGGAGCUCAGAGCCAUGCUGUUCCCGGUGUACGAGCUGAACGGGACACUCCACGACCGAGCGUGGUCAGUGAGGACGUACAAGGAGGUGGCGUCUGUGUUUGCGAAGAAGCAUCCUGGGUUUAUUGGAAUCAAAAUCAUUUAUUCAGAUCACAGAUUCAAAAACGCGUCCCUCAUCAUGGAAUCCGUGCGAACAGCCUUGGAGCUUCGAGCCAUGUUCCCCAGGACUGUGGCAGGGUUUGACCUGGUGGGACACGAGGACACGGGCUACUCCCUCUACGACUACAAGGAGGCUUUGAUGAUUCCAUUUUCUCGUGGCGUCAAGCUGCCUUACUUUUUCCACGCUGGAGAGACAGACUGGCAGGGCACUUCCAUAGACAGGAACCUUCUCGAUGCCCUACUACUGAACUCCACCAGGAUUGGUCAUGGGUUUGCUUUGACCAAACACCCAGCAGUGUGGGCUGCCUCCUGGAAGAAGGACAUCCCCAUAGAAGUCUGUCCUAUCUCCAACCAGGUUCUGAAGCUGGUGUCAGACUUGCGAAACCACCCUGCAGCUGUUCUGAUGGCCAUGGGCUACCCCAUGGUCAUCAGCUCUGAUGACCCUGCUAUCUUUGGUGCCAAAGGCUUGUCCUAUGACUUCUACGAAGCCUUCAUGGGCAUUGGGGGGCUGACAGCUGACCUGAGGACACUCAAGCAGCUGGCCAUGAACUCUAUCAAGUACAGCGUGCUGGGGCAGAGAGAAAAGACGGCUGCCAUGGCAUCCUGGGAGGAGAGAUGGGACAAGUUUGUGGUGGAUGUGGCCAGGGGCCCGCAGUGAGAAGACAGCCAUAGCUGCCCGGUUCCUCUGCUUCCUGCUGCAAGCUGUCUCACCUACGCCCAGUCCUUCUUGUCACUCCAGUAGAGCCUUCCCCUCCAUUUCUUUAUCAGACUGACCUUGUGGAGGUCAUCCCUGGCUUCCACAUUGCCUGACCAAACGUCUCCUGGUGGACUGGUACCGCUCACCUCACGACUCCAGUCUCUGAAGCCCCUUCUCU